UCUUCUCAUAUACUGCUGAAACGAUGCAUCUUCUAGCGGCGUUAGGACUGUUGUUCGCCAUAUCCUCGUCACAAGCUAGAGUGUUUGAACACGAAAUAUCCGGCUUGGAAAAUGGCUUGCCAGUCAGUUUGGAUCAAACGACAACGGAAGGGACGAGGCAUAUUAGGAGAAGUGUUGUCAGCCCUACGUCUAUCCCUCCAACGAUCCCCGAUAUCAAGCCAAUCAAUACUUUGAAAUCGCCCGAACCUGGAAACACGAAAGAAGCCACCAGCACAAGAGUGACAAACAAGACUUCUUCGGCCGUUGCAUCUACCAAUGAUAAGAAUACUAUUCUGACUUCUAAGUCUACCAACAAUCAGCCUACGACUAUACAAACCAGCAUGCACAUACUUCUAGUAUACGUAUUUCUAGCCUCGGGGACAAGCUCUACGACGAAACAACAAACACCUCCCAAUACCGGCACCAGAACUAUUCAUACCACGAAACCACCAGCCAGUCAACAGACUACGAGCAAAACCCUCCCUAGUCCAGGAAGAUCUAGCUCAUCGACUACUGAAGCACCUGUUAUCAUCACAGCUUUGCCGCCUGCGGCAGUCUUUACUACCCUAAAAGAUUACACGGCGACUACUCCGGGUUUUAUCACCACAACGUCACCGGGAGGACAUGACCCGACUAUAGUGCCUGUAUUAAUUCCACUCGGGUUUCCAAAAACCCCCCAGAUCUGCUUCGGUUGCUUACCGCCUGGUCCGCCAUUACCAAAUUUAUCAAAUCUUCAUAUUGAUAUCCCAGGAUUCGGUUGCAUUCAGUUUCUUUUUGCCAAGAUUGGCAACUGCCCGCCUGAUGACAACAAGAACAACAACGACAACAAGAAUAAUGACAACAAGAACAACGACGAUAAGAACAACGACGAUAAGAACAACGACGAUAAGAACAACGACGAUAAGAAGAAAGACGACGACAAGAAAGAUGACGACAAGAAAGAUGACGACAAGAAAGAUGACGACAAGAAAAACGACGGUAAAUCUAGCAAAGAUUCGGCCACAACUACUCUUCCUCCCGCUACGAAGCCGACAAGUAUAGCUACCCAGACCACGAAGUCCAGCCAGACCCAAAGUGAAAAGUGUACCACAACUCGUACAGCAGCGCACGCAAGUGUCCGCUGUAUUGCCACCGCGAGCAACGAGCCGAACCCAAAAUGCUCAACAACAACGUACACCACCGUAAGCGGCUGCGAUGUGACCGCUUCGGCGACCACCACGACCAUGCGCCCCUGGGCGGCCAAAACGCUCUGUUCAGGGGAACAAUGCGGCAAGUCAAAGUGCCCGAGUGACAAACGGAAGCGGCUGGAUCUCGUAGACGGUGCCGGCGCAAAGGAGCCAAGUUUGAACACGACCCAGCAGCUAAAAGCCAAGCGUGGCCACCCCUUGUUCGGUGACUGGGUGGAUCCUGUCGAUUUCCCUUCGACCAAAGACUUCAUGAUCGACGAAGUCCGGACUUGUGCCGAGUCUAACGAUCCUGGAGUUGCCCAAAUUGUUGCACUAGGUGACCCGUCUUUUGCUGACAUUACUACAUCUGCAACUACACUCUUCCGCGAUAAAGUUGCUUCGCUUGCCCUGGAAGGUCUUUGGGGCUGUACCGCCAUCGUCGUCGUGUCCAACCGGGGGGCCUGGAUGGCCCAUCUUUGGGAACAUCACUUUAAUGACGACGUCAACUCCGAGGCUUUCCGGCGGAACAUACUCGAUCCUCUCAUAACCCCACAAGAACCGUUUUCUCCUGUGUGGAAAUACCACUUGUUUGGUCUUAAGAAUUUGGUUGCGAAUGCGGGCACGGACGGAGACAACCUUUUCGGCCGAAUGUUUGGUGAUAAGAUGGACGACUUUCCAGAUGUGCGCAUCUUCAUCAUAUCCCCACGCCCGUUUCCGUACCUGAUGCUGGGAGAUUGGAGUACAGGGGCACCACCCGAAGCCGCAUAUUAUGCCGACUAUCAGAACCCGUUUAUAAUUUUAACUGAUGAAGAAGCCCUAAGCGAAAAUAGGCUUGCUGGUCGUCUCGCGUAUGGACCGCACCUUGUGGGAAUUGAGCAGACAGUUCGGUCUCAGCUGGAACCGCCGGGAGGCAAUCCUAGACUGAAAGUUGAAUAUAUUGAUUACGUGGAGAGGACGUUCACAAUUGAUGAGAUGAGAGCUAUGUAUCCCAAUUCACCGACAAAGCAGGACCGGAUAAGGGUCUUGGGAGAUAAGCCACGCGUCUCAGUGCGCGGAAAGGUGCUCCUGCAAUACCAGCCCGGGAUCUGCACCGGCCGCAGGGCCUCAUGGCGCCUGUGGUUCGAGGGACGGCCCAUAGCACAGCAUGAAUGGGAUCCCGAGCCAGGCCAGGUCUUCGCAGAAUCGUUAUUUCAGAAACGUGAAGCCUGUUCUCAGAAACCUCAAAGCUCCGCAAAGCCUUCUAGCGCCGCCAGUACAGAUACACCCAAGCCUACGACUACUACAUCUAAACCUGCUUCUAAAUCUACAUCUAAAUCGACAUCAACAUCUAACAAACCCAAAACUUCAUCCAAGCCAACGAAAACGACCACCUCGUCCUCUUCUAAGAAAACCUCUGCUACCACGAGCCGCAGCAAGCCCACCACGACAAGCAAGACCACAACAACAAGCAAAACCACCACAGCCUCAAGCAAGUCCAGCACGCUAAAAACCAUCACAACCUCCUCCACCAAGAAGCCCUCAUCAUCCUCCUCCACCAAAAAGCCAUCCUCCACCACCACCAAAACCACCAAAACCACCCCCACCCCUUCCGACAAAACCACCUGCGACCCCACCUCCUGCGCCAAACGCACCUGCCCCAACAACACCCACGCAACCUGCACCCCUCUCAACCCUCUACCAGGCCAACCCAACAACCACAAAACAUGCCUGUGCCCCGCGCAGGCCUACGCCCCGGGGACCUGCAGCGUCGAGAUAACCGAGCAGUCGCACGGGCCGGUGGACGGCGUGCUGGCCUCUCUCACGGUGCGCGACGCCGCGCAAAAGACGCUGAAGUACCUGAAAGCCGGCGCCGACGCCAAGAACGAGAACCAGAGCCGCGUGCCCUGGGACAGCUCGGUGACCGUCGCGCCGGCGGACAGCAAGCUCCCCUCCGCGCUGACGGUGUCGUUCCCCAAGGUGUUGGAGCCGGGCGUCGGCGCGCAGGACUGCGCGGGGAGCAGGGACGCGGAGUGCUCGCCGUCGCAGUGGCGGCGGUGGAUCGUGAGGGUGAGGUAUGGGGAGAAGGAGUGGGAUAGUCUGGCGGUGGAUGAGGGGAAGAAGCCGUGGCAUUGUAAGGCGGGCAGCGAGUGGUAUACGCCGUUUGGGGCGGCGCCGCAGAGGAUUUUGACGUGCUUUUUUAGUUGUUAGGGAGGAACUAGUAGGUAGGCAAGUGGAUGAAAAAGGAUGCAUGCCUAGGUACCUGGGAUGUGUUUGGUGAUGGGAUAAUAGGGGCUAAGGGGUAAAACGAAGAGUCGAUGAAAAAAGAUAUAAUUACCAAGGUGCUUAAUACUCAUUUGCCUACCUAGGCAUGCAGUAUAUAGAUAUAUUAAGAUAAAUCCUCAAUAAAACUCAAUAUAUUUAUUCCGAUUUUUGAAGUUUCUGUUUAGAUCGUGCGUAGCUGGCUCGAAAAAGUCAUCACCUCUCUAGAGAGAC